AAACACGUCACAUCCUUUCUGUAAUGGACAUCCGCACGUGUUGAACGAGUGGCUGUUUACAGCACAGUACUUGUUCAUUCUUAACCAAAAGAACAUAAUAUAGCUACAUCUUCGGUUAGAAACAGCGAUGCCAAAGGUUAAACGAUCUGCGGGCACAGGAGGAGGUGAGAAGAGCGGAGGAUCCAUGCCGCUGGCUGACCAGAUCCUGCAGGGGGACACCAUGCGAGCCCGAGGCCGAGUGAAGAGCAGAGACAGCCGGGCAGAAAACGAAGACACGUACGUCGACGAGCGUCUUUCCCGGAAAAUCUUACAACAGGCUCGGAUCCAACAAGAGGAGCUUCAGACGGAGUAUGGCCUGGCACCAGAGAAGAAGAAAACACCAGUCACUGUUCUCGGUAAUGUUGGAGGGCCUGACUCUCAGGAUGCAGACUCCGAUGAGGAGUGGCCAGCGCUGGGAGCAGCAGGUGCAGAUGAAGGCGAUGUUGCGGGUGAAACUGAAGUCACUGUUGACCCUGACGACGAAAAGGCCAUGGAGAUGUUCAUGAAUAAAAACCCUCCGAUGAGACGGACCUUAGCUGACAUCAUCAUGGAGAAGAUCACAGAGAAGCAAACUGAAGUAGGGACAGUGAUGUCAGAGGUGUCAGGGCAUCCAAUGCCAGAACUUGACCCCAGGGUCAUAGAAGUGUACAAAGGUGUCAAUAAGGUUCUGUCGAGAUACCGCAGUGGUAAAUUGCCAAAGGCUUUUAAAAUAGUCCCGGCACUUUCAAACUGGGAGCAGAUUCUUUAUUUGACUGAGCCUGAGACCUGGACUGCAGCUGCUAUGUACCAAGCGACACGAAUUUUCUCGUCUAAUCUGAAAGAGAGAAUGGCCCAGAGGUUUUACAACUUGGUGCUCCUUCCCCGAGUAAGAGAUGAUAUUGCAGAGUACAAGAAACUCAACUUUCAUCUCUACAGUGCUCUGAAGAAGGCCUUGUUCAAACCAGGGGCAUGGUUUAAAGGUAUACUGAUUCCUCUGUGUGAAUCUGGGACAUGUACUCUGAGGGAAGCCAUCAUCAUCGGAAGCAUACUCACAAAGUGCUCCAUCCCUGUCCUCCAUUCCAGCGCUGCAAUGCUUAAGUUGGCAGAGAUGGAGUACAACGGCGCCAACAGCAUUUUCCUACGCCUCUUGCUUGACAAGAAAUACGCCCUGCCUUUCCGUGUCCUAGAUGCCUUGGUGGCCCACUUCCUGUCCUUCCGCAGUGAAAAACGUGAGCUUCCUGUGCUGUGGCAUCAGAGUUUACUCACCAUGGCUCAGCGCUACAAGGCUGACCUGCCCUCCGAACAGAAAACGGCACUGCUGGAGCUGCUCAAGACACAAACACACCCUCAGAUUUCUGCAGAGAUUCGCAGAGAACUGCAAAACUCAGAGUCCAGGGAUCUUGAAAUUGGGCUCCCUGUUGUAGUUGAAAUGGACUGAGGAAUAUGUCUAGUCUGGGGUCUCCUCCCUCUCUGUUGCAAAUGAUUCAUGUUUUUUUUAGCAUGAAGACAAUUUUAUUAAAUCUAACUUCAUUAUUCUCCCUGAACCAUAAAAGGACAAUUUCAAUGAUUGCAUUCUAUUACAAUGCCUCAGGAGCAAUCAUCCUGGACCCUGCUUGGAUGAAGUUGCACUUCAUUAGUGAUGUUGAUAUUGUAAUUUAAUAUCAAAAAUAUCUGAACUUUUAUCCUGCAGUUGCAGUGCAGUGUUUUCCUUGGGAAUACAAAGACUGGGGUUUGUUAUGAUUUGAUUAAGAGCAACUUGUUUAAGCGAUACAAAAGAUGGAUAGUAAAAGACUGUCUAUUUGCAGCCCAGUUUUCAAAUAUUUACCUGAAAUUUUGUCUUCAAAUAAAAUGUAAUGCUUAACUUUCUAAAACAUA